AUUCAAACUACAUAUUACAUGUAAUUGAUAAAAAAAUUGUUAGAUUAAAGCAACUACUGUUAUUGAAACAAAAAUUUAUGAAAUUCAUUGAAAUAAAUGGACCAAGUAAAUAUUAUAUGAGGGAACCAAUUUAUCAUGUUUUGGCAAAUAAUGAAAUGAAUUAUUUUUUCGCUUCAAAACUACGUUUAUUGGUUCUAGUAAUUUUUUCUCUCAGUGUAUACAUAUUGGUCAAAAUUGAAUGAUGUUUAUCGCGCUUCACUGCUUUUUUUUCAUAAUUGCUCAUUUCUUACUUCUCACCCAUGUUAUUAUAUACGGAUGAAUGAAGUUAAUAAAUGUUUGGAGGAAAAUUUCACAUUUAAGGGGUAUACACUAAUUAGACCGCCAAAAAAGAUACAAUAUUGUUGCAAAUUUAUUUGACCGGGAUUAAUUAUAAAUAUGGAUAUAAAAAGUGUUAGGCCUAAAAAAUAUGCUCAUAAAGUACUGAAAAAAUUUUCUUCCCCAUCUAUUUUACUCACUUGUCGUACAGAAAAAUUGGGGGAGAAGCAGACAGUCCCAAACAAAAAAGAUGGGUCUGCGCUAUUGAUAACAUUUCUGGAAUAUGGAUGAUCGGAGAAAAAAAAAUAAUUUCUCUCAGAUUGAAUAGGUAAAUUGCUAUAGCGCGUAUCGUACGAUCUUUGAUUUUUCCCAAAAAUGACAAAAUGGCAGCCGUUUUUCCAAAAACUACGGAAAAGCCCGUUUUUCGUCAAAAAAAUAGUUCCGCUCGAAAUUUCACAAUUCGUAUGAUAUGCGCUAUAGUUUUAGUCAUGAAUAACGUGUGGUAAAAUUUUGGCAAGGAUCGGUCGAAUAGUUUCGGAGAUUUCAUCAACAAGUCGUCGAAAAACAUAAUUUUUAGAGAGACGCGUUUAAACAAAGGUAACGGUACCGCAGUGGGCGGUUCAUACUAGCGUGCUCGGACAGCCAAGUAAACGUCGCUCAAAAGUACACUUGGACUGCUCGAAUCUUUAUAAAAUUUUAGUAUGAUACUUUUGAAUAUGCACGCUUUCGAAAAAUGCUAUUAAUAGAAAAACAGAUUUUUUGGAAAUUCUAAUUAUAGGGUAGACCACCCCUUAAUUUCGAAUCGGACACGACGCUUCGAGCGACGGGGAGCAAAUGCUCGCGUAACUACAUUUUUUUUACCCGUACGACGUCACUUCGUUCAAAUUUAUUCGCAAACGUGAAUUGGAUAAAAACCAAAAAAAAUCAAAAGAAUGAAACAAAAAGGUGUAUCGCAACGAUCUGACAGUUUGUGAUGAGUUUUCCGUUGAAAAGUAAUCAUAAAAAUCGUUCGUAAAUACCGAUUCCCCGGAACUAUAUUGCUUUUACGCGCGAAAAAUAUUUAAUUGAUCGAGAUCGUUGCCUAAUGAUUUAUCAAACUAUUUUCGUGAUUGCCCCUACAUCUCAAAUUACAAUGUUAUUCAACACACUUGCAAAUAUCGAUGAAACGAAAUACGCGAUGCAUCGUAACGAUUGGAACAACGAUCGCGUUCGUCGGUACAAAUAAAAAUGCGUGUACGAAAGAGGCAGGAAUUAUAUCGGAUUCGCGAGGCAGAUCCGACGCUUCGAACGACCGGUGGUAGUAGCAGCAGCAAAUGUUAUUACGUUCAAGUUUGCAACGUUCGAGUCUAACGAAAUGGUCCAAGUGACCCUUCAAUAAUUUCAGUUAUUCUGCAAUAUCGUUUCCUGCCAAAUUUGCAAUUCGUAGUUUUUCUCAAUCUACACCGAUGCUUCGUGAAAUAAAAAAUUGGCGAAUUACAAAUGUAUUUUCUUUCAUUUCGUUGGACUCCAACCUUGUAAACUUCAGCGUCGUCAAAUGCUCGCGUUACUACAUUUUUUUAACCGUACGACGUCACUGCGCCACAAUUUAUCUACUCGCCACAAUAUUGUUGAGAAAAAAAUAUGAUACGAUGGCAAUAAUUGAAGAAUGAGUUUUGACGCAUUGAAAUGAUAAUUGAAAUGAUAAAAAUACAUAUCUUUGCUGGUUUUUAUUUCUCGCAACGUCUCUGCUUGAUUCGAUCGAUGAUGCAAGAGCUUCGACCUCACCGACUGAAUACGUGAUCUACGCUGGAGACGUUCGUCUUGUAAGCAUUGGUAGCUCUUUUGUAACGGUGCUGGUCAACGUGCUGCUGGAAUUGGACUCGUCGCCACCGACACAGCUGAAUUCCGCCGCGGCGGGCGAUGCUGAUGAAUCCACAUUCGUCUUUCAAGUGAAAACAUCAAAAGCAUGGCUCCGCCAAUUAAGAGGGAGGAAAAAUUCAUUUUGACCGUCUCCGACAAUAAAAUAACGUUGGAGCCUUUGGAUUAUUGUCAUGAAACUACGCCUAACGAACAACAAGCGAACCGGUCUUUGCGCAGCGUGCAGACAUUAACCUGGACCGGUAACGUGGAGGUUCUGCUGAGGAACAACAACGUGUCGGCGAUGACUGUCAACGCUGAGGAAAUCCAAAGGAUGAUGAGCACGAUAGAGUCGCGGCUCUCCAUCCAAGGCGCCGACCCUCUUCGCAACGAUGCUACCGCAGUUUCAAAUAGCAACGCUGAAAAUAUCGACGAUGUAUUGGCUAUUGUCAGCGACAAGGAUGAAACAAUCGAAUCGUUAUUGAACGUGGAACGCAUAAACGAGAACCGGCGCGGUGCGAUUCCUAUGGAAAUAAGAGAGAAGGUUCAUAAAAUUUCACGGAUGAAUAUACCGGCCACCGCGGUAAAGAUUCAACAUAAAAGUAAUCCCGGUCUUACAAGUGAAAUUGCGAUUACGCAUGCAUCUUUAAAGAAGACGACGACGACGACCGCGACGACCGCAACGACCGCAACGACCGCAACUGAAACAUUAAAGAAUACGGGGGCGAUACCCAAGCAGACAACGACGAGAACCCAAGCUCGAACGUUGCCGGAGCAGAAAGGGGCAAUUUCUGGCGAUAAGCCAGUGAAAUGGACGAUGGGCUCGUACGAAGAUAUUGCAGGAUGUAUGGAGCCGUACAAGAUGAUACCCGAACAGAAGAAAACAAAUUUAAAUCAAAGUGGCCAUCCCCGGGGAAGAACAAAGAACGUCGUACGCCAACGAUGCCCGAGUCCAAAAGUUCUUGGCAACGAAAAAAACGAUGACGAAGACGGUUUGAGCGACGGUACUUACGAGGAUGAAUGUCGACGCCGAUAUGUGAGAGGAUUCGGCAGUCGUUACGGGAGAAACAGGAAGCGGAUGUUAUCGAGCAAACGUUACACAUUUGCGGAAAUACAGGCCCAACAUGAAGAUGCGUUGGAUCGAUUCAACGCCGUGAUGAAACUAGUGCAGCGUGCCAGCGGUGUGAAACCUCCCGAGCCCAUGAACGACGAUACAAACAAACUAAUUAAAGGUGUGGGGAACUAUGCCAGGAUUUACGGCUUGAACGCUCGUCCGACACGGUACGGGGCAUUCCCCGUGUAUCAAAGAUUUUAUAUCAGCGAUAACGAUGCCAGAGUUCUUACGGAGGGGAUCAAAAAUAUGGAAGAUCCGGCGGUGCUGAGCCUGUUGAAGAAGUUCUUGGAAAGACCGUAUCCGCCCGAGGAAUACAAAAACACCUGUUUCAAUUGCGGACAAAAGGGACACAAGCGCGGCGAUUGUUUCGAGCCAACGGCCCCGUUUCGUAUGUGCUACAAUUGCGGUGAGCGUGGUUAUACCCUCAGAACGUGCUUCCGAUGCUCCAUGUGGUGGAUAGCCACGGGCGGCAGAACGACCGCUGAAACGCGUGAUCCCAAACACUGCUUGCAACAGGUGUUGAAAUAUUUCAUUGAUGCCGCGAAUAAGAACGAACAAGACACUGAUAAUUAAUUUGUUUUUGCUCUUUCGAAUAUUAUCGCUGUAAUACAUGCUUUUUCUAUUCCUUUUACUAAUUAUUACUAUUAUUAUUAUUUUUCCCCAAAAACGGUCUUCGCAUAUAUGCGUAUUAUUUCACAGACACACUCGGACAUUUUUCGAAAAAAUUAAUCCCGGUCUUAAAACUUUCCCAUUUUUGUAUACAACUUUUUUGCGCUGUUCGUCAUAAUAAAAUUUUCAUUUACGUGUGUCUGAUGAAUAAAAAAAUGUAUAACAUUUUGUACAAAAUUAAAACAAUGACACACGAUUCGUCGUUGCGCGAUUGUUGAAUAAAAAAAAAGCACAUUAAUUCCGUAAAACAAAUGGACUU